GACAGGAUUUCCAGAAGAGGACAUCACGUGAUACACACAUUGUCAGCAUGUUCAUGAAGAUUUGUGUCUUGAUAUUUUUCAAAAGUGUACAAGAGAGGUGCAAAGGAAAUGGAGAGUUCCACAGCCAUAUUGUACUUUCAAGUUCAGUUAUGUUUUAGACGUGUUUAGUGUAGGCUGUGCAUAUAGUUAGAGUGGAGAUUGACGUAUUGAAAUAAUGGAAUGUGCAAGUUUGUUGUUUUAUUUUUAAAGAUGUUGUUUCUGCCUGGGAAAUGAAAGUAUUUUUCCUCAAAACGAACAAUGUCUGUGGACCUACGCGUCUAGGAAGGACCUGGACAGACACAUCUCUGGUUUCGUGCGGUUUAAAAUGUAGGAGAAUGUUCAGUUCGGACUGCUCUAGCUUUAUGUUCCACAAAGUCACAAAGCUGUGCACACCUGGUGGCAGACUGUCUUCUUUACAUCCCAUUCCAGCUGUUCAUGAAGGUGAACUCUACAUCCUGAUGAGUGAUGACUUGAAUGACAAGUUUAGCUUCGUAUCCUUCAAUAACACAACAGUUCAACUUUUUUACUUCAAAACCGAAGUGAAUUACACACAAGCUUUAGAGAUCUGUCGUUGCUUCGACUCUACUCUGAAUGUGGCCAAGACGAAUGACAAAUACCAACUUUUCGCCAGUCUUGUAAAAGAAACUAAACAUGACACGUGGAUUGGAUUGAAUGACAUUGAGUCAGAGGGCCACUUCGUCUGGGUGGAUGAUAAGCAAGAGUACAAUACAAGUAUUAGCCCUAGCUACUUUCAAGGAGACCAACCAGAUAACUACAAUAAUAACGAAGACUGUGUCAUGAUGCGCUGGAGUAAUCUUCAGUUGAACGACGAGAGAUGUGAUAAAACGUUUUAUUUCAUCUGUCAGAAACCGUAAAAGAUGAAAGUCAAUUAGCACUGAGUCUAACUUUGUUCGUUUUUUGUCACAGAUUACUUAGAUUUUAUUUUUAUUAAGGACUAGUACUGAAUAACGGCUAUUCCCCUAUAAUUGUUCUUUGGUAUUUAUUUUUAUUUCGACAACUUUCAACUUAUCAGUUGGAACCCCCUAUUAAAUUCGGAACCUGUAAUCUAGACUAGAGGACUAGGUCUAGAUCUAGAUUCAAUGUCUCCUUUAUACAAGUUAUAACGCGAUUAUUUUUCUCUUAAUAAGUAAUAAAUGUGUUUGGUAUCUUGACAUAAUCAUUGAAUGACUUGAGUAACACAAGAAAAAGACUUUGGUGACAUUUCUUCAUAACAUCCAUGAGCAUAGAAAGACACAAUCGCCUCGAGUUAAUUUGAAUCAGGCAAAAUAUAAAAAGUACUUUAAAAAAAAACAACUUAUCAAAGCAAAAGUAUUUCUCAUUAAAACUAUAUAUCUCAAAAAAGUAAAAUAAUUAAUUGUUAAUAUUUUAUUGACUAAUUAGCAAAUUUUUACAACUAAUACCGUCAUGGAACAAAACCUGGACACGGAUCGGGAUAAAAAAUGUUCCUUCCUUUUUAGAUCUAACUGUUGAUAUGGUGCGCACAGGUGCACGCGUUCAAUAUAAUAAAGUAUCAUUCUCCGCCAUGACA